UGGCCUAUGUCAUAAACGAGAAAAAAAACAAAAACAUUACUCACAACUCUUACGUGGACUAUUGUUUAGCAGUAAUAAAGCUUUUUCUUUAUAUUGAAAGGUAGAUUUUGUUUCUCUUAUAGGACUUCUUUCUUUUUCAUAAUGGAUCAACUUCAAGGAUCUGGUUAUGACGACGUUAUCGAAUGUCCUUACGAGAAAUCUCACCAGAUUCGAAAAAGUCGAAUGCAAACCCAUAUAACAAAGUGUAAGAAGAAUCAUAAAGACUUGAAUUACAUGAAGUGUCCUUUUAAUGAGAUUCAUUUUGUGCCAAAGAAAGAUUUGGAGGUCCACAAAAGAGAGUGUCCAGAUAGGGGAUUGUUCGAACGCUAUAAGUACGAUAUUUCAACCCCGGCACCCAUACAGCAUACAAAGAAUGUGAUAACUCCGGAGGAAUCAUAUGCCCCCGUCAGUGAUGAUGAAUGCUGGGAUUCGUAUGACGACAAACCAUAUGAUCCAAGCGAGCAAAUAAAAAAUCGUAACGUGAUCCGCAAAUGUAUGGGGAAGACGCCUUCAGAGAAGAAAGCUUUUAAAGAGGCGGAACGGCUACGCUUGCAAGAACAUCGUAACAUGGACUUAUAAGCAACAAUGCGAAUUUUCGAAACGAUGUUAUUGUUCACAGAUUUUAUCUGAAGCAUAAGAAAAAUAUUUUGAAUAAAGAAGCGUAGUUGAUGAAUGUUGA